AUGUCCGACAGUGAGGAAGAAACUGAAGCCCUUCGGGCUGAGUUGGCUGCCUUGCAAGCGAGGAUGGACGCUAAAUUGGCCAAGAAGGAGAAGGAGCGGCGGAUCCGCAAGGCCGAAGAUGCCAAAGUCCUCGUCCAGGACACUCCCACCAAAGCGAGCAGCAGAGAGGAGAAGCGCCAAAGGUCAUACUCGCCACCAGCAGCUCAGCCAAAAUUCAUCUCCAAGAAGCCCGCGCUUAGGUCAGAACACGGUUCACGAGCAUCGACCCCUGCCCCUGCGCCUCCCCCGGAAUCUGCAAAGUCGUCUAUGGCUGCUCGUCUUGCUGGGAUGCACAGGGAGGGGUCUUCAGGGUCUUCAAGAUCUUCAAGAGCAGGGUCAGCAGUACCCCGUGUCCAACCACCCCUUGCGAGGCCUUCCACCUCGAGAGAAAGAAAUCCCGCCCCCGCUCCCGCGCCCGUUGCUUCUUCCAGCUCGAAUGAAAGCAAAGCCGCAGCCAAACGGAGGACAGACGACCUCGAAGCAGCCUUGGCGCGAGACAAAUAUGGAAAGAAGCCCGUCCAGGAGCUCCCAUCUCUCCUUGCUCGCAAAGGUAUCUCAUCUGCUGCCCCGCCCGGCCGAUCAUCACAUGAAAGCGCGAGCGCUUCAUCGAAACCCUCUUCUUCCAAAAGACUGAAUCCUGCUCCGUACCCGACAGCAACUUCUUCUCGAGCUCGAGCCAAACGCGAAAGGAGCGACUCUUUGGAGGUCGAGGACAAGAAAGAGUCUUACCGACGAGACGACGUGGAUAGCACGCUCAUAGAAGAGCUGGAGAGGGGACCGAAAGAGUUUGGGAGGGAUCCGGAAGGGGAUGAUGAGUGGGCGUCUGUGGAGCCCAAUUCGGGUAUCAGAUUAAGAAAACGAACAACGCCACACAAAGAAGUCCAAGAAUUCCUCACAGGCCGAUACUACCUCCCUCCUUCCAAGAUAUACUCUGUCGCCCGCCUGACCCGAGACGGUACCUCCUACGACGUCCCCGUCGACGAUGAAUGGUUGACCAUCGCCGUCGUCGCGCAGAGGAGUCCGAUCAGAGUUAGCGGUACGAAAGUCAAGACGGAAAAGAACAGCGAUGAUGAGAACGACGAGGAUGAGGAUGAGGAUGAGGAUGAGGAUGAGGAUGAGGGCCCUGAGGAGGAGUCGGAAGAUGAUGAAGAUGAUGGGGAGCAGGUGGCUGAUAUCAAGCCGUUCAUCGGGACGGAUGGUAAAGCGUGGAAGCCAAAGCCGAAGAAGAAGGCCAAAAAGUCGAAAGAGGAUAGCGAAGACGACUGGAAGAAGAAACGCGGGCCUCGCAAAUACAUCAACCUCACCCUCUGCGCCAUGCCUCGCCGCAAGUAUGGAUCUACCACCUCCACUGGCGAUGUCCUCCUCCACAUGCUUUUGUUUGAAGCGGACCACAUUGUGGCGAUGGAAGAUGGAGAGGGCGGGACGUACAAGUCGUAUAGAGGAGGAUCGGGGGGGGCGUACGAAAAGUGGUGCAACAUUGCAGAGGGGAGUGUGAUUGCCAUUUUAAAUCCACGGGUGUGGCGGAAUUUGAGGGGUGGAUCGCACAAACCUCAUCCAAUGGAAUCGCCUCUUGGCUUGAACCCCUUCUCGGACGACUCUAUCAUGCUCAUCGGCCAAUCUAGAGAUCUUGGACAUUGUUCUGCUAUCCAAAGAGACGGGAACAGGUGUAAAUCCUGGGUCGAUACCCGUCUGAAUGCUGUAUGCGAGUACCAUCUCCAUGCUGCCGUGAAACGAGGCAAAGCCGGCCGAGGAGAAUUCACAGCUAGCACCAACGCUUUCCACCUCACCCACUCCAAAUCCCAAGUCGGUGCCGCUCCAACCAAACCCCGAAAAGACCUCUUACCAGCCAACGGCCGGAUCGCUACUCCGCGAGGGGAAGCCAAUGGCGGCGGCGGCGCUACCUACGUCGUUGGAGGGGGCGUUAUUCAUACAGGAGGGCCUCCGGGGGAUGAGAAUGUUGCUGAUCGAAUAGGCCGGGGUCGGGCAGGGAAGAAGAGGAGAAAGGUGGAGCAGCAAGAGGCGGAGAGGGAUUUGCAAAAGCUUUUUGAGAGGGAGAAAGCUAUGGGCGGAGGGGGGACGACUGGGGGACGGUAUUUGAAUGUCAUCAAGCGUUAUGAAAGAAAGACGAAAGAGAAGGAUGGCAAGGAUAAGGAAGAUAAGGAUCAGGAGGAUGAGGAGAAGAAGACGCGGGUGUUUUCGGCGGAGGCUAUCAAGAAGAUUGGAUUUGAUCCUUCAGCUCGGGCGGGGCAGCUUACCAAGGAGGAAGAUCGAGAGAGAAUCGAAGCUAUAGCGACCCUGGAAGGGCUGAGUGCUAAGGGUACACGCGACUUCACCGCAAAGAGGAAGAGAGAGGAUAGUGCUGUCCCACAGCCAACCAACAUUCCGCCAUCGGCGCCUGCGAAGCCUGUGGUCCCGCCCGAGGACGACGAUAUGAUCGAUCUUGACGACUAG